AUGCUGCAGCUGCUCGUUGUUGCUUUUCUGUUCACCGAAAACCUCGAACCUGAUCAGGAGGACUGGAUCAUCAGAGCCGUUCAUUACAUGGACUCCAACCCAGAAACGUUACAGGAGCUGAUGUCCAACGAUUUUGCUCUGAGGGAGGGAGACAUAGUUCUAUCAGACGACAGGAAUGCUGUGGGCUCCAGGUGGCUGACGACGAAGAUACCGUACGAGAUCAGCUCAGAUCUGGUCAGCCGGACUGGAGACAUCCUGGCUGCCAUGGAGAUGUUGUCCAAACACACCUGCAUCACCUUCCACGAGAGGACCACCGAGACAGACUACCUGUUCUUCAGACCCAGCAAAGGAUGUGCGUCAUUUGUCGGCUACAAAGGCGGCAAGCAGCUGGUGUUCGUUGGCCCCCAGUGCAUCGUGGGAAACAUCGUCCAUGAGGUCCUCCACGCUCUGGGAUUCCACCAUGAACACACGAGGACAGACCGUGGACAGUACAUCACCAUCCUGUCCGAAAACAUCAUGUCAGGGAAGGAGAAAAACUUCCAAAUGUAUGAUGGUGAAACCUUUAACCUCGCGUAUGACACCACGUCCAUCAUGCACUACGGCAGGUAA